AUGGGGCUCCCCGGCCUGCGGGCGGCGGCCUGGGCCCUGAGGAGAGCCUGCGGACCGUGGACCCCGCACCUGGGACCGCGCCUCCUUUGUUUGCACUCAAUGGCCGGGAACGGGGAGGCCCCCAUGCCCGUGGGAACCAAACAGGAGCAGAACAAGAAGGCCCGGAGUGGCUGGCAGGGUCCCACCAGGAUCUGGGAAGAAACAGAGCAGCAGGCGAAGAAGCUCAAGAGCAGUGAGGAUGGAGAGCAGCAGAGGAAGCUGCCCAAGCGGAAGAUCGUGCUGCUUAUGGCUUAUUCUGGGAAGGGCUACCACGGCAUGCAGAGGAAUGUUGGGUCCUCGAAAUUCAAGACCAUCGAAGAUGACCUGGUGUUGGCCCUGGUUCGCUCGGGCUGUAUCCCUGAGAAUCACGGGGAGGACAUGCGGAAGAUGUCUUUCCAGCGCUGUGCCCGGACGGACAAGGGCGUGUCUGCGGCCGGCCAGGUCGUGUCCCUGAAGGUGUGGCUGAUUGAUGACAUUUUAGAAAAGAUCAACAGCCACCUUCCGUCUCACAUUCGGAUUUUGGGACUGAAGAGGGUCACAGGCGGUUUCAACUCCAAGAAUAAGUGUGACGCCAGGACCUACUUCUACAUGCUGCCCACGUUUGCCUUUGCCCACAAGGAUCACGACUCGCAGGAUGAGACGUACCGGCUGAGCGCAGAGACACUGGGGCGUGUGAACCGGCUCCUGGCCUGCUACAAGGGCACACACAACUUCCACAACUUCACCUCCCAGAAGGGGCCCCACGAGCCCAGUGCCCGGCGCUACAUCCUCGACAUGUUCUGUGAGGAGCCCUUCGUGCGUGAGGGCAUGGAGUUCGCUGUGAUCAAGGUCAAGGGCCAGAGCUUCAUGACGCACCAGAUCAGGAAGAUGGUGGGGCUGGUGGUGGCCAUCGUCAAGGGCUAUGCGCCUGAGAGUGUGCUGGAGCGCUGCUGGGGCGAGGCCAAGGUGGACGUGCCCAAGGCGCCGGGGCUCGGCCUGGUCCUGGAGCGGGUGCACUUCGAGAAGUACAACCAGCGCUUUGGCCACGACGGGCUGCACGAGCCACUGGACUGGGCGCGGGAGGAGGCAGAGGUCACGGCCUUCAAGGAGCAGCACAUCUACCCCACGAUCAUUAGCACCGAGCGCCAGGAGAGGUCCAUGGCCCAGUGGCUGAGCACCCUGCCCGUGCACAACUUCAGCGCCACUGCCCACGCUGCCACUGGCCUGGGCACCAAGGCCCCCAGCUCCCUGGAAGGCAGUGACGGGGUCGGGGACAGUGACUGA